AUGGAGGCUCAGAGUGAGGAUGAGAGCCCCGAGUGGGGAUGGGGUCCCAGCUGCCGGCAGCAGGGCAGCCCCUGGCUCUGCUCCCGGUGGUCCCGGGCUGCGCUGGGGCUGCCCCAGAGCUCGGCCACGGACUCAGAUCUGGCCCCGAGGGGCAGCCGGGCCCCGCUGAGCUCCGGCCAGGGUGUCCCCAAAGACCUGUACACGCCCCCCGAGUCCUGCGAGGGACGCUGCGGGGAGCCCUUCAGCGAGGAGGACGAGUGUCAUUGUCACCCCGAGUGCGGGACACAGCACAACUGCUGCGAGGACUACGAGAGGCACUGCGGGCCCGGUGGGGAAGGGGCCGAGGGUGGAGCUCGGAGCCGCGACCGCUACAGCUCCGAGGCGGAGUUCGUGCAGGAUUUGAAGGAGAUGUGGUUCGGCCUCUACUCCCGAGGGGAUGGAGAACGGGAUUCCAGCGGCUUCGAGCACGUUUUCUCAGGGGAGGUGAAAAAGGGAAAAGUGUCCGGAUUUCACAACUGGAUCCGCUUCUACCUCCUGGAAAAGCAGGGCGGCGUCAACUACUUCAGCCACAACUUCAACGGGCCGUGGGACACAUACCCCGACGUGCUGGGGCUCCAGUUCAGCUGGGACGGCUUCUACAAAGAGGUGGGGUCGGCUUUCAUCGGCUGCAGCCCCGAAUUCGAGUUCGGCCUCUACUCCCUCUGCUUCCUGGCGCGGCCUGGCCGGGCGUGA